AUGCCCAACACCAUUCCAGAGAAGCCACCCCACACCUCAAACCCCCCACCUCCUGUCUUCACUUCUCAGCCUGCUCUCCACGUCACAAACAUCUGCAACUUUAUCCCGAUCACCCUUGAUCAAGAGUCUGCGCAAUAUGCUACGUGGGUGGAAUUCUUUACUAUCCAUGCUUGCGCCUAUAAUGUCCUAGACCACAUUGACUCCACGGUUCCUCAACCCUCGGAUGUCAAUGACGCAACAUGGAAGCGGCUUGAUGCUUCGGUGAAACAAUGGAUUUACGGGACUAUUCAUGAAGAUCUCAUCUACACUAUCAUGAAGCCUGGGGCUACGGCUCUUGAGUUAUGGAAGCGCUUGGAAGACCUUUUUCAAGACAAUAAGCACACCGGUGUCAUUUAUUUGGAGCAGCAAUUCUCUAACCUUCGCCUUGAAAAUUUCUCCAAUAUGACCGAGUACUAUAUAUAA